GCAGUAGGUGUAAACAGGAAGAAACCUCUGAUAAUACAGUUAAUGUUCAUGUUCGCAUAGAGGAGCUGAAGAAAGCACUGAAACCAAUGUUACACUUAUGUUAUGAGCGUUUAAUGUAAAUUGCGUCAAGUCGGCAUAUGUUUUCGCAACAGACAGUCCUGGUCUUCAAUAUGUAAUUUAUGCAAUUUUAAAGGCACCGAACGAUUGUUGCUAACGGGAGCUAGCAAACGUUAACGUUAUUACGAGUGUACUCUGCUGCUCCGAGUAUUUUGACAGAUUGGGUGUGUAUGUUUCUUUUAAGGGUCCCAACAUAAUUUUGCAUAAUUUAGGCAAUCACACCGUGAUCGCUGUGGUUUGACGAUAACAGGGUAACGUCGAUAUGCUUCGUCUUUGUUCGUUUUUAAGUCGACGUGAGGUGGCCUACUAACCUACUAACGUUAUUUGGUGUGCCGCACAAAUACGUCCCUCUUGCAAGCAAAGCAGCGUAGCUGGUAUACACUAUAACAGGGAACACGGAGUCGCUAGAAAUGGUUCAGAAAGACAAAACGGUGGACGCUUCUCAACCAGAGAAUGAAGCAAGUCCCAGUCCGGGAUCUGUAGAAGCCUGUGUCGAUGCCCAGGGUUCCGUCGAAGGACCGAUUAUCGGGGUCGAGAGAACAGGCCGGAGAAAAUUCACCAGUGGGGUCGUCGAGGGGUUCUAUGGGCGGCCAUGGACAAUGGAACAAAGAAAAGAGCUUUUCAGGAGGCUACAGAAGUGGGGGUUGAACACAUACUUGUAUGCACCAAAAGAUGACUACAAACAUAGAAUGUUCUGGAGAGAAAUGUAUUCUGUUGAGGAGGCAGAGCAACUUAUGACAUUGAUCAGCGCAGCAAAGGAACAUGGGAUUGAGUUCAUCUAUGCCUUGUCCCCUGGCCUGGACAUCACCUUCUCCAAUCAGAAGGAGGUGACCACGCUAAAGAGGAAGCUCGACCAGGUUACUCACUUUGGUUGCAAGUCUUUUGCCUUACUUUUUGAUGACAUCGACCACAACAUCUGCCCAGCAGACAAGGAAGUGUUCAGCUCAUUUGCACACGCCCAAGUGUCCAUUACCAAUGAGAUCUUCCAGUAUCUGGGAGAGCCAGAAACAUUUUUAUUUUGUCCUACUGAAUAUUGUGGGACCUUUUGUUAUCCAAAUGUGGCCCAGUCACCAUACCUCCGCACCAUUGGAGAGAAACUGCUUCCUGGCGUUGAAGUGCUGUGGACAGGCCCCAAGGUUGUGUCCAAAGACAUAACGGUUGAGUCCAUUGAAGAGGUGUCCAAGAUCUUGAAGAGGGCACCGGUCAUUUGGGACAACAUCCAUGCCAACGACUACGACCAAAAGAGGCUGUUUUUGGGCCCCUACAAAGGCCGCUCUACAGAACUCAUACCCCGCCUGAAGGGCGUCCUCACCAACCCCAACUGUGAAUUCGAGUCCAACUAUGUGGCCAUCCACACCUUGGCCACGUGGUACAAGUCCAACAUGAACGGUGUGCGGAAAGACGUCGUCAUGACGGACGGUGAGGACAGCACAGUUUCCAUCCAGAUCAAGCUGGAGAACGAGGGCAGCGACGAGGAGCUGGAGACGGACAUGCUCUACAGUCCCCAGCUGGCCCUGAAGAUGGCCCUCAGCGAGUGGCUGAGCGAGUUUGGGGUGCCCCAUCAGUACAACAGUCGGCAGGUACCCCACAGUGGAGCCAAUAGCACGGCCAUCGAUAUCUCCUCGCUGGGCAGUCCGGGGAUCGGCGCCACCACGACGGUCACCACCAUCUUCCAGCAGCCCAUCAUGAGCCCUGUCCCGGCGCCCCUGACCCCCGAGCCUCUCCCGCUGGGCAAGGAAGACGAGGAGGUGGAGGAGGAGGAGGUGAAGAAGGAGUCGGACGAGGAGCCCAUGGAGACGGCGGCCGAGAAGCAGGACGAGGCGGAGCCCGAGCCCGAGGAGGUGGCGGCCGAGGCGGAGGACGUGAGCCAGAUCCUGACGGAGAUCGUCCAGGCCAAGAUGACCACCGAGGAGCUGCGGCCCAUGGACACGGACAAGGAGAGCCUGGGCGAGUCCAAGUCGCCCGAGAUGUCCGUGCAGGAAGACUCCGGCAGCGACAUCGCGCCCAUGCAGACGGACGAGCAGCAGCAGCUGCAGUUACAGCAGCAACAACAACAGCAGCAGCUACAACAACAACAACAGCAACAGCAACAGCAGCAGCUGCUGCUGAUGAGCCAGGCCAAGGAGCCGGCCUUCGUGCCAGGCCCAAACGAGAAGCCACUCUACACGGCCGAGCCGCUCACCUUGGACGAUUUGACACUACUGGCCGAGCUCUUCUACCUGCCCUACGAGCACGGGCCCAAGGCCGCGCACAUGCUCAAGGAGUUCAACUGGCUGCGUGCCAACAGCAGCAUCGUCAGCAUCAACUCCGAGGACAAGAAUCCAGAUAAGGCACAGGAGUGGAAGAACCGGGCGGAGAAGUUCGAGGAGAUGUGCUGCUCCGUCAUCCAGAUGUUCACGCGCCUCUCCAACUCGGCCAACCGGACCAUCCUGUACGACCUGUACCCCUACAUCUGGGACAUCAAGAGCAUCAUCUCUAUGGUGAAGUCAUUUGUGCAGUGGCUAGGGUGUCGUAGUCAGUCCUCUGCACAGUUCUUAAGUGGAGACCCAGAGCCAUGGGCCUUUAGGGGAGGUCUAGCAGGAGAGUUCCAGCGAUUGUUGCCAAUAGAUGGGGCAAACGAUCUUUUCUACCAGCCUCCACCAUCCAUGCCCACCUCCAAAAUCUAUUCCAUACGGCCGUACUACCCCAAAGAUGAGCCAUCUGUUUACAAGAUCUGCAGAGAGAUGUACAGUGAAGGCUGUGAUGAAAUGCCGUUCUCAGAUCAAGACCCAGAUCUGAUUGGAGAUCGGUUAGUGGGCGGUUUCCUGAGUCUGAGCCCAGACUACGGCUUUGUUCUGGAGGAUGAGGAGGGGAUCUGUGGUUAUGCUCUGGGUACGAUGGAUGUCAAGCCCUUUGUCAAGAAGUGCAAAGUCAGCUGGAUCCCUUUCAUGCAGGAGAAGUAUACCAAGCCCGAGGGUGACAAAGAGCUUUCUGAGGCUGAGAAAAUGAUCCUGAGCUUCCAUGAGGAGGAGGAGGGUCUGCCGGAGUCCUUCCUUGGGAACUUUCCGUCUCUCAUAAAGGUCGACAUCCACGCUAAGGUCACUGACCCCAGCGUGGCCAAAAGCAUGAUGGGAUGCCUUCUCUCCUCACUGAAAGCCAACGGUUCUCACGGUGCCUUCUGUGAAGUGAGGCAGAUGGAUAAGAGGAUGUUGGACUUUUACAGCAAACUGGGCUGCUUCGAGGUGGCCAAGAUGGAAGGCUUUCCCAAAGACAUCAUCAUUAUGGGGAGGAGCUUAUGAGCCUCUGGAAUGUGGUCUCAGAAGAGCGCGAGGGAAGACAUCUUAAAAGGAAUGGUGUUGUGGAAGGAAGAGCACAGACAGUGUGUCAAACAAAGGCCUUCAAUAUGUCUGCAAUCUUUCAAGACUCAGUGGUUACUUUGCUUUCCUUGUGUUUUUAUUUUUCUUGUAGUUCACCUCAACAAUAAGGUUUUAACCAAGGUAGCCUAUUCUGAAGUUGUGCACUGAAGGUUUCUGUAGAAUGCUGUUGCUUAAGUGAACUUUUCCCCCCCUUUCACUUAGACCCCUUGGUCAGGCACUCGGAACUCUGGUAGAGGACGGGGCCUGAGGGGGAUGUGCAGUGUUGCUUUGGGCUGGAGAGGGAUGACUCUCUAGUAUCCUUGGAAACGAAGGGCACUUGUAGUGAGCAUGCUCAGAUGGUUGAGGCUGAACCACCGUUAUCGGUCUCCCCCUACAUUCUUUCGUUUGCGUGUGAGUGUGACAUGGUGGACUGAAUCUGAAUUUUGUUACGAGUGCUUUGUACGCAAGUGAGUGAGUGAGUGAGUGAGUGAGUGAGUGAGUGAGUGAGUGAGUGAGUGAGUGAGUGAGUGAGUGAGUGAGUGAGUGAGUGAGUGAGUGAGUGAGUGAGUGAGUGAGUGAGUGAGUGAGUGAGUGAGUGAGUGAGUGAGCGAGCGAGCUUGAGAGGAAUGUGUGACUGAAUGAGAGAGAAUGUAACAGGAAUAAACCCCUAGAAGUGUGGCUGUGAAGAGCAAGGCCCUCCCGAAUCUCUUACAGACUUGGCCUCUCUGCAGGGCCCCAGAGGCCUUUAGCGUGCCUGAGCCAGAUUAUAUCUGUCCACUCGUAUUCCAGCCUUCUCUUGGAACUACUCUCACCAACUAAGCACAUCAUGGUGUAUUUAAACAGCAUGGCCAGUACGUGAUCAAGACAUCAGCUGUGUGACCUAUGUUGGGAGUCAGUGGUCUUCUCUACCCCCCCCCCCCCUCCCCCUGGGGGUGAUGGUGACCUUGUGAGGUCCUCACACAUGAAGGUCAAAUGUAUGGACAUGAGAAGCUCACCGGUCCUGAAACAACGCAUACAUGGACCAGUAAAGCAGUGGCAUGAAAGCACAGUGUGGUCUCAAACCAUCCAUACUUUUGAUAACAAGAGUUGCUCUGUGAUGGCUUUGCUUGAGCACAGAAAUGCCUUUAGGCCUGUUGCCUUCUCCCAUAUGUUAAUGUAAUGGGAUACUUUUUUUUCUGAAACUUUGCGAGGACAAGUGAAGCUAGAUGGAGGAAAACUUGUGGGAUAUCUUGGCUGUCAGGAAAACCAAGGAGAGGUAGACCUGCUCCUAACUUUGACCAACUUCGUAUUUCACAGUUGAAAUAAACCUGUCCAAUUCGGAUUAUUUGCUCUAAAUGUAUAUUAUGAAGAGCUUCCAAAUAGACCAGCAGCCAAUAACUUUUAAAUGCAGUAAAGCUUUUAAUUAAAUCUGUUGGUCCUGUAUUAUAACCUAAAUGUCUAGAGAUGUUUUGCUGUCUGUACUGAUCUGCCUCAGUUUGUGUCCAGUAACACAAUUGCCAAAGUGAGGACAGAUGUGUCUCCGUAGUGACUGGUGCCAUGGUAGGCAUGGGGCCAUCACAGAAGAGAUGAGGCCUCCCAUGGCAGCACUUCCAUGUUUUACAUAAUUAGGUGUAUUGUUUUCAAGGUUUAAAAUGAAGAUGAAGCACUUUGGUCAAAAUAUCUUAUUUUGGCACAUACUCUUGGCCUCGACUUUUAUUUUGGUUUUUGAAAGAAAGGCACACGAACGGUGAAGUAGAUUUCAUACCCAGGAGUGGGGCGUCUUUGCCCAGUCAGACUGCCAAGUGGUCUUCCGCCUCCUUCAUUCCGGUGCAUAUUCUAUUGAAAUUUUAUUUCCUACUUAAUUGGUAACCUCACAAGGUCACAGGGACUGAAAAGUAAUCACCUUGUUUUCAGGUUUUGUUCGCGGGGAUUCACCUCUCCGGCCCAUUAGGCUCCCUGGUUACUCUUCUGGUGUUUUGUAAAUCACAACUUCACUUUUGGCCCAUGAACCGUUCUCAUGUCUUACCUCCAUACUGUUACCGUGGAGGAAAUAUAGAUCACCCAGAAAUGACAAGGGCUGAAAUUGCUCAAGAAGGUGUAAUGGUGUGUGUAUAUAUUUGAAAGAAAAAAGGGUGAAUAUUUCCAUUUUCUGGAAUGUUGUGUCUGGGUGGGAGGGGGGUCAUGUUGGUAUCCUUUCUGUAAGAUUUGUAUGUAAGAUGGUUAUUAUUGUUAAUAAUAAUGAUAAUAAAACAUGUUCAAUUAAUGUGU